CUCCUAUCCAGUUUUUUUUUAUUUUGCUGCUGCUGUACGGAGGCCCCGCGGCGAGAGGCGUUUCUUUCACUUGUGGGGGUGUGGGGGGGAGAAGAGAAAAGAAAAGGUGCCUCCGUUCUCUCCUUUACCCGUCUGCGUUGCUGUUGAGACGGUCGGCGAGUCAUUCUCCCGCUGGUCCGGCUCGGUAUUCCUGUUGGAGCGGGGAGGAGGGGAGUGGAGGGCUCCUCUGUGAGUCAGACUUGCUCAUACUGGCAGACUUUCAUCAAAUCUCUCGGACAUUCAACCGGCUGAAUUUAAAAGAAGAUCUGAAUGGCCAAGGAGACCAAAAUAUAGGUAGUUCCUCUCAGUGCACUUGUUCUGUGUUUUGGUGUGCUCACAAGAUGCCUGUUAAGAAGAAGAGAAAAUCCUCAGGGUCAGAAGAUGCUGGCAUGAAAAAAUGUAGAAUAAGCAGUUUCUGUAGAGUACAGACACCAUCUAGAUUAAUAAGUGGUGAUGACAGUUUUUCAAGCAAAAAGUGCCUAGCUUGGUUUUACGAAUAUGCAGGAACCGAUGAAGUUGUUGGUCCAGAAGGAAUGGAAAAAUUUUGUGAAGAUAUAGGCGUAGAGCCCGAAAAUAUUAUCAUGUUAGUAUUAGCAUGGAAGCUGGAGGCUCAGAACAUGGGAUUUUUCACUAAAGAGGAGUGGCUAAAAGGAAUGACCUCACUACAGUGCGACUGCACAGAAAAGCUGCAGAGCAAAUUUGAUUAUUUACGCUCACAACUGAAUGAUCUGUCAGUUUUCAAACAAAUUUACAGAUAUGCCUUUGAUUUUGCUAGGGAUAAAGACCAGCGUAGCCUUGAUAUUGACACUGCUAAGUCUAUGUUAGCUCUGCUGUUAGGAAGAACAUGGCCUUUGUUCUCUGCCUUUCACCAAUUUUUGGAGCAGUCAAAAUACAGAGUUAUGAAUAAGGAUCAGUGGUUCAAUGUUUUGGAGUUCAGCAGAACUGUACAUGCAGACCUAAGCAACUAUGAUGAAGAUGGUGCAUGGCCUGUGCUGCUUGAUGAAUUUGUUGAGUGGCAGAAAGCAAGACAGUCAUCGUAGCAAGUUGGAGGAGGGGAAAAGUACUUAAGGGAGAGCAAUAAUGCUUUGCUACCCGAGCAAACUACACCUUUAAUUAUGAAGCGGAAAGUAUUUGUCAGAAGCCAUCUUUUAUGCUAGCUACAGACUUUUCAGUGUUACAAGUGGGGAGAAGGUUUAAGUUGCAUCUGUAUUAAGCAUUUAUUAUGUAUUCAUUUACUAUGGCACCUGAUGGGAUUUUAUCCAGUCUUGAGUCUUAAUGCUUUUGGUGAUAUCUGUUUAUAACUUCAUAAACGAAGUACUUUGAUGAAGCACAUUAAAAAAUAAUAGGUUUUCAUUAGAAACAGAAAUCGUCAUUAGUUUCAUGUGUGACUGUAGUUGCAGGCCUGGAAGCGUAUGGAUGUAGUUUUCAUUUGUUCGGAAGUGUAUGCUGUUGUAUCUGAAAACAUUUUCCACUCUGGUACCAUACCAAAAACUUACUGAACCUCAUAAUCAGAUAUUGUUGUAACUACAUAGCACCUUUGCCAAUUUAUAUCAUUAGGUACUGGUGCUAGUCUAGGACUGUGUGCUCAGGGUUUCUGGUAAUGACAGCAGCACCACUGCAAGGCCCAUGUGAUGAGAAUAAUUCAAGUGGUACAAAUGUGUGUUUAAAAUUUGUUUAGUUACAUUAUUGUUGAGGUAUCCACAGAAUGUUUUGCCUGUUCCCAAAAGCGCUUUUUGAAUGUUCCUUCCCCCUCCCCCCCCGGUUAAAUACAAUGGAUCGGUCAUGUGCACUCACUAGGUCAGGAUGGUCGAAAGUGGUAUAUAACCAGCACUGGGACUCGUUGGUAGUUACAUUGUGAAAGUGAAGAGCAACUUUGGAUGAUGAAAUCCCUAACUUAGCUCUGAGGAUUGCAUAUUGUAGAAUUGGUUGUAAAAUCACUAGAAGAGGCAGAUAACGUGCUGCAUCAGACCAGGAAAAAGGUGUACUGUACAUUCAGUACAGUGUUAGAUUCUUUUUGUCGUAUUGUGCUUCAAAUAUAUACUCUUCAGAGUAUAAAGUUGUAAAUUAGCCUGAACUAAGCAAUCUUAUGCUCUUAAUGUUUAGUUGAAGCUUUUGUAAAUAGGUGAUACUGUGGGACCUUGAAUAAAGAAACCUUUCUUAUGUUC